CGUUUUUUCCGAGUCCACGAUUGGUUAGUGGAUAGGAUUAAGAAUGGGAGACCCGUUUCCAUUAAUUCAUGUACCGCUGCGCUCUUUACAUACGAAAAGUUAUCUCUGCAAGCUCCCCUUUCUCCCGUUAAAAAAGUUCAACUCUUUUUAUCCAAAGUGGACGACCUCAUUGGCUGUUGUCAGAGGAAUGGACUUCAGCUAGAUUCCUUUUUCUUUAACGCCCUUCUCGCUUGUCUGCAUUCUUUUUAUGUAAAGCAAAAACGACUUACUGGCCAAUUAGACUGCGAUACUUUUUAUUGCUUCGCUCUUAAAUAUUAUACUGAUAUGAAGUCUUUAGGCUUGAAACCCGACCAGCACACUUUUAUAUACUUUGCAAAACUUUCUAAAGGGAAUCCCUCGCACGUCCUGGCCGUGUGGGAUCUUCUUGCUGUAUACGCCAUCACUCCCAAUUCCUGCCUUUUAACGGAAUUGUCGUACGAUCUACUCAACUUUGAUUUUGAAUAUUUUCUUCAUAUUCUUGAUUCAUAUUCAAAGUUGAAUAUUCAAGUUUCUAAUAAAACUUUGAUUACUUUAAGCAAAUUUUUGGUUAACAAGAAACUCGACCCAAAUUUUUUGCAGCGCCUGUCGAAAAUUCUCUAUCGCCUAAACUUGAAUGAUUGCACAACCAAUUUAAUUAUUAAAGGGGACUUUCUAUCGUUAGAAAAGAUGCUUAACUCAGCCGCUGAUUCCUCAGCAACUAAAAUUAAUGUGAAUAAUAGUCUGAUAGAGAACAUAUUUGUGUAG